CACCAUCGUCCGAUGUCGAAGCGCAGUGGCUCUUCUGCCGCCGCAGCCGCAACGGAGAGGCUGACCAAGUAUGUCAAGCAAGAGGAGAGGUCGACCGCUACCCCCGUCAGGAUUCCCAGGGACAGCAUUGUCAUGGAGCUGAAAAGAGAAAUCGCUGGCACUCUGGUCCGUGCUCAAGACUUGGAGCUGGUCGACGGCGAUGGGAAGGUUAUGGAGGUGAACCUCGACGCCUCGGUGACGGACGCACUAGCCGGACGCGGCGACUCUCAAGACAUGCCCAUCGUCUACAGAUUUCCGAAAGAGGUAUGCACACGUACAAACACACACACAGAGAGAGAGAGAGAGAGAGAGAGAGAGACGGUGUUGCGUUGACAUGUGCAGCGCCCUAUGUACGAACUGAGUAAAAUGCCGUCCGAACUCUAUCGCAAGCCGUCCGAUCUCGGCCUCAGCAUCACACCGUGGAGAGAAGACCUGCCGACAGAGCCGUUCAACGAGCAUUCAUUCACCAAACCUGCGGGCGAUGCAGACCAUAACGCCGUGUUGAAGCUCGUUACCGACAAGAUUCUUCCGGCAGUCCUCAGUCACGUCCCACCAGGCAAAUGGGCGUGGGCGGAUGUCCAAGAUCAGCGAGACGAGCUGAAAGGCGACGAGGACAUGUCUUGUGACCUAUCGGGCUCGCCUGGCGAUAUCAUCAUUCUGCCGGACCGCUAUGUGAAGAUUGGGGAGAGUGGGAAACACGAGCUCAAACUUAGCCUGCCGACCGCUCUGCAGAUCACUGAGGUGGUGAUUGAAGCCAAGAGCAAGACAGCGAAGAUGGAGAAGAGCGGCAACUUCUCAGCUCAACUAUGUGGACAGCUACUUAUGACUAGGCAACAUCAGAGGACUGAUCAGCCCAUUCUCGGGCUGCUGAUGGAUGGAGAGGGAUGUUGGCUGAGGGCGCUGAGCAAGGAGCGACAUAUUCAAGAGAUAUUCGUUUCGGUCCACGAGGCAGCCAACCAGCUGACGCAGUACCUCCGAGGACGCGAGCCUCAUAUGAGGGCGUCGGCAGAGCCAACGGACGAAGACGAGGAUGACGACUACGAAUUUGAGGGGAGAGAGGAGCACAGGGCCAUUGUACGCCAGUCGCAGCUAAGGGCGUGCAUCUCACAGUAUGUGGAGGGCGUGAGAGAGGGACGAAUCGCAAUCCCCCACGGGUGGACAUGGGAAGCGAAAGAGAUGAAGGAAGUCAGUGGACCAGAAGUGGUGUAAGUGUGAUGGGUGGGUGACGGCUAUGUUGGCAUAUGGCUGGCAUGUUUGUCGCUAUAUGAGACACUGAUAACGCUCACCCAAGCCAUGAAUCAAUGGUGCGUGCUGCCUAUGUCUUGGAUGCGCCGUGAAUCCGAUUUUUCAUUC